AUGACUUCAACACAGCUUAAAUUCGUCACACAGACGACUAUAUUGACUAAAUUGCCGAGCGUAUUGAAAUGCAAUGGCCCUAAAUUAGUACCGUUUUUCAAAACUGUUGCCAUUUUCUUCAUCCUAUUUCCCAAAGCGAAAUACAGAACCGCUGAUAUGUUCUAUCUAGUAUUUAAAUGUUUACCAAUAUGCUCUUUAAUCUUAUUUAUUUUACUACAUGGAAUUAAUCUACGAGGUUUCGAAUAUUCUUAUUCACGACGAAUCUUAACUGGUUUAGCAUUUUCUCUACUUGGUGAUGCAUUACUUGUUUAUGAUCACGCCUAUUUUAUUCAUGGAGUUGUCGCAUUCGGAAUAUCACAUGUUCUCUAUGCGACGGCGUAUGGUAUGCGCCCAUUACGAGUGUUCAUGUUACCCUUUAUGGUUCUACCAAUGAUUGUUAUUUACCUAAUGCUGUCCGGUGUUCUCUAUAAACCGCUAUCGUAUGUGAUUUAUGCAUACAUUGGUCUGACAAUGUUUAUGAUUUGGCGAGCAAUGGCAAGAAUUAAAAUUGAUAACAAUGAAUGGACAUGGACACGGUUUUACAGUUUUCUCGGUGGUAUACUUUUUGCAACUAGUGAUGCUCUUCUUGCCCUAGAUCGCUUUGUUACACCAUUAACACAUUCCCAAAUCCUUGUUAUGACUACAUAUUACGCGGCGCAAUUACUUAUUGCCCUCUCGGUGGUUGAUUCUCGCGAAGAUACGGAAAUGAAUUUUCGUGUUAUUCAAGAAACCGACAUUAUCAAACUUGUUCAAGAGCAUGGCAAGCGGCUCUCUCAAAUUCAUUGUGAUGAUUUAAUCGCAUUGGUGUCGGCUAAACGUGCAUUUAUUCAACAAACAGUAGCAAAUACGCCAAUAGUAACGAUUUUAAUGGAGAAAAAAGUACAACUUGGUCAAAAUAUUGUUUUAUUCUUCAAUCGUACACCGAUUGUGUUGUUUAUUAAGCCGAUCCAACGGCCAAAAGGUGAUUAA